AUGGUGGUGGUGUCAGUCUUCUGCCGUAUACGGCCUUUAAACAAGACCGAAGAAAAAAAUGGCGAUCGAUUUCUGCCCAAAUUUCCGUCCGAAGACACGAUUUCCAUCGGGGGAAAGGUAUUUGUGUAUGACAAAGUCUUCAAACCAAAUACUACACAAGAACAAGUUUAUAUGGGUGCAGCCUAUCACAUUGUCCAAGAUGUUCUGUCAGGUUACAAUGGAACAGUAUUCGCUUAUGGUCAGACAUCUUCUGGUAAAACCCAUACCAUGGAGGGUGUGAUUGGUGAUCAAGUAAUGCAGGGUAUCAUUCCACGGAUAGUACAGGAUAUUUUCAACCACAUCUACACUAUGGACACAGAACUAGAAUUUCACAUUAAAGUUUCUUACUUUGAAAUUUACAAUGAGAAAAUUCGUGACUUGUUAGAUCCUGAAAAGGUGAACCUUUCCAUUCAUGAAGACAAGAAUCGUGUCCCCUAUGUGAAAGGAGCCACUGAACGAUUUGUAGGAAGUCCUGACGAGGUAUUACAAACGAUUGAGGACGGAAAAAGCAAUCGAAUGGUUGCUGUUACUAACAUGAAUGAGCAUUCAUCUCGUUCCCACUCUGUGUUUUUAAUAACUGUAAAACAGGAACAUCAAGCAACUAAGAAACAGCUUGCUGGCAAGCUAUACUUGGUAGAUUUAGCAGGUUCUGAGAAGGUCAGUAAAACUGGUGCUCAAGGAACUGUACUAGAAGAAGCCAAAAAUAUUAACAAAUCUCUCACAGCACUCGGUAUCGUCAUCUCUGCCUUAGCAGAAGGAACGAAAUCUCAUGUCCCCUAUCGAGACUCGAAACUAACUCGAAUUCUUCAAGAAUCCCUAGGAGGAAACUCACGAACGACUGUCAUCAUUUGCGCGUCUCCCUCCCACUUCAAUGAGGCUGAAACUAAAUCAACUCUCAUGUUUGGUCAGCGAGCAAAGACGAUUAAGAACGUUGUCCAAAUCAAUGAGGAGCUUACCGCUGAGGAAUGGAAACGUCGCUACGAGAAAGAAAGGGAUAAAAACACUCGUCUUUCUGCUGUUAUUCAAGCUCUCAACUUGGAAGUGUCGCGAUGGCGAGGGGGAGAGCGUGUCAGUGAGGCUGAUUGGAUCAACCUCAAUGAUACUGCUGGUCUUUUGGCUGUGUCCGACACACCUACAGAUUCGACAACACCAUCAAUGGAGAGAUCCAUGAUCGCGCCAGCACCACCGAUGCUCACCUCGGUUACCGGUCCUAUUACUGAUGAAGAGAAGAAGAAGUAUGAGGAGGAGCGGGUGAAGCUCUACCAACAACUCGAUGAGAAGGACGACGAAAUCCAGCGCGUCAGUCAAGAGCACGAGAAGCUGAAGGCCCAGGUCUUGUUGCAAGAUGAAUCGAUCCAAGCGAUGCGCGAGAAUGAGGAGACGUUGCGUGAGGAGCUUGUUCGCAUCCAGAAGGAAAGCGACGAUAAGCAAAAUGAGACCAAGGAGAUGAUCUCUGCUAUCGAGGACAUCGCCGUCCAGCUUGAGGUGCGAAACGCUGAAUAUGAGAAAUUGAAGAAGGAGCUUGAAAUUGUGAUGGAGGAGAACCAACAGCUGGAAGACAGUUCAAGUCAAGCGACAAGUGCUCUCAAUGCGCAUUUGGACGAGUGUGGUCCGAAGAUCAAGCAUUUCAAGGAUGCUAUUUACAAUAUCAUCCGCGAAUACAACAUCGCAGAUAUCGUCAACCAGAAUGACGUUCUUCCUGACCAUGAACUUCUCAACCACAUGCGAAUUGGAGUCUCGAAGCUGUUCAGCGAGAAUACAGCAGCGAAAGAGAUGAACUCUGCUGAGGCUCAAGCAGCUGAGAAGAAGCUGGAGGAGAUGGAUUCUGUCAAGGGACAGGAUGCGAACAAGUUGAAGCAGUUGCUGGUGAAGGAUCAGGCUGCAAGGGAGCUCAAGCCUCUCACCGACAGAGUCAACACGGAACUUGCCACAUUGAAGAACCUGAAGAAGGAGUUCGUCCGGUUGAUUCUCUCGAGAUGCCAGGCUGGUCUAGACGUGGAGGAAGACUGUCUUUCUGGCCCCGCUCAGAAACAACGAAUCCAAUUCCUUGAGAACAACCUGGACAAGCUUACCAAGGUUCACAAGCAGCUUGUUCGUGAUAACGCUGAUCUUCGCGUGGAACUACCGAAGAUGGAAGCGCGUCUGCGUGGAAGGGAGGAUCGCAUCAAGCAGCUUGAAACAGCUCUACGAGAGACUAAGGAGCGAUCCCAGCUUGAGCGGCGAAAGUAUCAACAAGAGGUGGAGCGUAUCAAGGAUGCGGUCAGGCAGCGUAACCAACGUCGCCAGAACACUCCUCAGAUCGUGAAGCCGAUCCGCCCUGGACAGGUUUACUCACCUUCGCCCGCCAUGGUCGUCGGUACUCCAGCCAUCACCCCACGACCAGCAAAUGCAACUCAAAUGAAUGCGCAGUAA